AAAUAUUUAUAAAUACUAAUUAUUUUGGAUAAUUUAAAUAAAUAAUUAAUACGUAACAGAAGGUAUAAAAAGACUUAAAAUAAAAAUGAAAAAAAUAUAUGUUUAUUAAUACACUAUUUCUUUAUCAGCACGACCUUCACUUGUAAAUUCUUUAUAUUGUGACCACUGUGAAAUUUAAAAUUGAAUUGUGUCUCAGUGUAAAUUCAGACGCAGGCAGACUAUGUUUAAAGAAAAAUGUCAUACGUAUAACUUAAUUUGUGAUUUACAUAAUUCAUACAGAUUACAGUGAUCUUAAAAACUAUGUAGUAAAUUAUAUUAUUUUUCGAUAAGCAUACUAAGUACCAACGCAUCUAUAAAAAUACGAUUAAUCAUAAAAUAAAUUAGUGUUGCUUACAAUUCUUUUUUUUUUUAAAAAAAAAAAAUGAAAUUUCUAAAAACAAUUUCACUAUCGAUUCAUAUCCGAAUAUCAUUGUAUUUAUUUAUAGUUUCAUUCGAACGUAGAUUUACAACAACAAGUAGUAGUAGAUUUCCUCCAUUGUUCGAAUCUGGGCUCAAGUACUUAGGUGAAACUAUUGAAUGGGAGUCACAUGAACCCAUCAACCGAGAAAGAGUUCUUUCGGAGUACGAUUUCAUCGUCGUCGGUGCCGGAAGUGCGGGUUCGGUAGUGGCGAGUCGAUUGUCCGAAAUAAAAAAUUGGCAAGUGCUGUUGAUCGAAGCUGGACAACACGCCACCCAUCUAAUGGACAUACCAUUGAUUGCUCCGCUAUGGCAAUUUUCCUCAAUCAAUUGGAACUACAAGACGGUGAAAAUGAACAAUUCGUGCCUAGGUUUCGAGGGCAGUCGGUGCAAAUUUCCAAGGGGCAAAGUCAUGGGUGGCAGUAGCAUAUUAAAUUACAUGAUAUAUACACGUGGAAACAGAAAGGAUUAUGAUGAUUGGGCAGAUAUGGGUAAUACAGGUUGGGACUAUGGCAGUAUUUUGAAAUAUUUUAUCAAAUCGGAAAACGCCAACAUGUCUCAAGCUGAAUCGGAUUAUCAUGGCCAAAAUGGAUUGUUAUCAGUGACCGAAGUCCCUUAUAGGACGCCAAUAGCGAAGGCUUUCGUUGAAGCUGGAUCACAAAUAGGACUUCCCGUUGCAGAUGUUAACGGGGAAAAACAAAUCGGAGUCAAUUAUUUACAGACCACCAUGAAAAACGGUCGUCGUUGGAGCACGAACACUGCGUUUCUGUUCCCAGCGAAAAAAAGACCAAACCUGCACGUGAAAAAGCUCAGCACAGUAACCCGGAUACUGAUAGACGAAGUGACGAAAAGGGCGAUCGGAGUGGAGUUUGUUUCAAAACGUAUGAAAUAUAGAGUGUUCGCGAGGAAAGAAGUGAUCGUUUCCGGAGGUUCCAUAAACUCGCCGCAGCUGCUCAUGCUAUCCGGUAUCGGUCCGAAGCAACACUUGGCGGACAACCGGAUCCCGUUGGUGAAAGACUUGCCGGUCGGCGAAAACCUGAUGGACCACGUGUCACUGGGAGGUCUAGCGGUGACGGUGAACGACACCGUGUCGAUAAGGCUGCAGAAAGUAAUCGACGAUCCAAAUAACCUGAACGACCUUUUGCAGAACCACAACGGCGUCUACACCAUACCGGGCGGCACCGAAGCUCUGAUCUUUGCGGACGCGGACAGACCGAAUUCGACAGACGGACGUACCAACCUCGAGCUGCUGCUCGUCACAGGACUGUACUCGUCCUACGAACUCCUGCCCAAGCUGUGUGGCAUGACGUCCGAAGUGUAUAACGCCGUUUACCGGGAAACCGACGUUAUGAACGGGUUUAUGGUGCUGCCGAUGGUGAUGCGUCCCAAGAGCAAAGGUCGGGUGUGGCUGAGGGACGCCAAUCCGUUUCACCACCCGCUAAUCGACCCCAACUAUUUCGCCGACGAGACCGACUUGGAUGUGAUCGUGGCCGGAGUCCGGCUGUUGCAGCGGAUGUUGCGCACCGGUCCGAUGAAGUCACUCGACGCCAAAAUCCUGGACACUCCGUUUCCGGGGUGCCGGCAACACGUGUUCGACACGGACGCCUACUGGAAGUGUGCCGCCCGACAGAUAUCGUUCACGAUCUAUCACCUGUCCGGUACGUGCAAGAUGGGACCGGAAUCGGACCCGACGGCCGUCGUCGACCCGAGAUUACGCGUGCACGGAGUCCAAGGGUUGAGAGUGGUGGACGCGUCGAUCAUGCCGGAAGUGCCGGCGGCCCACACCAAUGCACCGACGAUCAUGAUCGCGGAAAAAGCGUCCGACAUGAUCAAAGAAGACUGGGGCGUAUAGUCGUGGCAGUUAACGACACAAAAAAUUAUACAUGAGCACAUGUGUUGUUAUAUCCUGUAUAUAUAUAUUUAUUAUUUUUGUAUAGACGCGAAUCACGCGAUUGCUUAGUGUACAAAUAACUUAGAAAAUUCUGCCCAGUCUAUGAUUUUGUGUGUAUAUUAACCGAUAUGACUAAUAUCAAAUAAUUACCGAUUUCCCACGACGUAUUUUAUCAAUAAUUGUUGAAAUAAUUAAUGAGGUCACCCGCUAUACUUAAUCAAAAUUAAAUAUAUGUCAUAUCAACUUAAUGACAUAAUGAAAUAAUAUAUCCUUUUAUUGAAAAUUACGUUUUACUACAUUCUAUAGACAAUUUUUUUGACCGACAUUUUCAUUAAGUGGAUUAAAUUUAUUUUAUUCAAUAAAAAUUUGAUACUUUUGACAUUUCAAAAUUUACUUUUCAUAAACACAUUCUUGAUUUUUAAUAUUUUUUUUUUAGUAUACUGAGAACGUUUGCCAACAUUUGCCAUAUGUUUGAUAUCACUGAUAUUAUGGUAUUAAAUAAUUCACAAUUAUUCUUGAAACAAUAUUAAAAAUCACAAUGUUUAUGAAAAUAAAAUUUUGAAAUAUCAAAAUUUCCAGAAAAAUAAAUUCUGUUAAAUGGCUAAUUUAGAUUUUUCAUAAGAAAAUAAAAAAAAAUAAAAAAUAAAAAAAAUUGUUUUAAAUAUUAUAGUAAAGUAAAAUAUAAAAUACUUGUAGUUAUUGUUUUUGUGAGUUUUUUGAAAAAAAAAAAUAGAAUUAUGAUAUCUUCAUUAUUUCAGGAGAUAUCGCAAUGGGUAAAUCCUAACAGGACACCUAUAUAUAUAUAUAUAUAUUUUUUUUUAUUGUCAAAAAGUGGCACCUAUAACGUAAAAUUAACAUUUUGUUUAUUUAUUUUUUUAGUGGAAUAGUGUGUAAUAGUGUAAAUAAAUAUUAUUUUUAUA